UGCUCAAUUGCUUGGCCUCGAGGAAGAAGAAAAGAAUUAUUAAUGGAGGAGAAGAAGGAGAUCGGGGAGGUUGCGUUAAGAGUGAGCGACGAAGAGGGUGGAGGUGAUCCAAAGAAGAAGAUUAACAACGAGGAAGAGGCAGCAGCCAAGGAUAAGAGCUACAGCAGCGGCAGUAAAACAAGGAAAAGAGUUGCAUCUUUGGAUGCCUUCCGAGGCUUGACGAUAGUCUUAAUGAUAUUGGUGGAUGACGCGGGGGGAGCCUACGAGCGGAUCGAUCACUCGCCAUGGAAUGGCUGCACGCUUGCAGACUUCGUCAUGCCUUUCUUCCUCUUUAUCGUUGGCGUCGCAAUUGCUCUUGCGCUCAAGAGGAUCUCACAAGUCCCUGUCGCAAUAAGGAAGAUAAUUAUCAGGACAUUGAAACUUCUCUUCUGGGGAAUAAUCCUACAAGGUGGAUAUUCGCAUGCUCCUGAUGACCUCUCCUAUGGCGUCGACAUGAAGAAAAUUAGAUGGUUUGGAAUUCUUCAGAGAAUUGCGUUGGUUUACUUGCUUGUGGCGCUCGUCGAGGUUUUGACGACCAAGAUUCGUCCAUCAAAAAUAACGGACGCUCCUUGGGCUCUCUUCGUUGCUUAUCGCUGGCAAUGGAUUUUUGGCUUUGUCUCCUUUGUGAUCUACAUGGUCACAACCUUCUCAGUGUAUGUUCCAGAUUGGAGCUUCGUUUACCAUGCAGAAGGAGACAUCAAUGACGGGAAGAGAUUCUUCGUGAAAUGUGGAGUGAGAGGGCACUUGGGUCCCGCUUGCAAUGCAGUAGGGUACGUGGACAGAUCAGUGUGGGGACUAAACCAUCUUUAUUCACAACCUGUUUGGAUAAGAUCCAAGGCAUGUACUCAUAGUUCACCCAACGUGGGCCCACUUAGAGAAGAUGCAGCUCCAUGGUGUCUGGCUCCUUUUGAACCAGAAGGCUUGUUGAGUUCAGUAUCUGCCAUCCUUUCUGGAACCAUUGGAGUUCAUUAUGGCCAUGUCUUAAUCCAUGUUAAGGAUCAUUCAGAGAGACUGAAGCAUUGGUUGGUGAUGGGAAUUGCACUUCUAACCUGUGGAUUCACUCUUCACUUCUCAAAUGCAAUUCCCCUCAACAAGCAACUCUACAGCUUCAGCUAUGUGUGUGUCACAGCUGGGGCAGCAGGUCUUGUUCUCUCAGCAUUUUAUGCAAUGAUUGAUGUGUGGGGUUUGAGAGCACCAUUCUUGUGGCUGGAGUGGAUAGGCAUGAACGCAAUGCUUGUUUUUGUGAUGGCAGCACAAGGAAUCUUCCCUGCCUUUGUGAACGGAUGGUACUAUGAAACUCCAAACAAUUCCCUGGUGCACUGGAUUCAAAAGCAUGUUUUUGUGAGAGUUUGGCACUCACAGAGAUUGGGAACGCUACUUUAUGUGAUUUUUGCUGAGAUUUUGUUCUGGGCAAUCGUCGCAGGCAUCCUCCAUAAGCUUGGCAUUUACUGGAAGCUCUGAAUUAAGAUUAUGUGAUGUACAGUGAUGAUUUGAUCUUUGAGAGUUGCAGAAUUUGUUGUAGCUCAAACUGUACAUGCCUAGCUCGGAAACCAUUUGAGAUAUUAAUCUAUGGAUUAAUUAACUCCAUCUUUACCGUCAA